GUAUAUGAAAAAAUAGACGGAAGUAACGUGACGCAUUUAUCUUAUGACGUUACAACAUUCAUCAAAGUGUAGCCAAUAUAUAUUAAUUAAGUAAGUUUAUUACGUUAAACCAUUUUACAAUACCAUAGACUGCUAUAAAGUGGCAUGUGUAUACCGCAAUGCAUAUUUUUAGACACCACAUGGGUGUCCGUAUUAUUACGUCAGGGCAAGAAUAGUUCUGCAAGGCAAUGGCAUCUUCAACAACGAACGCUCGAGAUUUAGAACAGGUUGUUAGGGAUGGACUUAGCACCCUGGUUUUUGCAUUUGGUUUCAAAACUGGUAUCGUGGAUGCUUUUACUGAGAUUCAGCAACCGUGUACAGCAAAGGAAUUGAGCGAAAAAGCUGGAAAAAAAUUAAGAUACACACAAGAAUGGCUAGGAUGUAUGGUUGCAGCAGGGAUUGUAACAAUCACAGACGAUGAAAAAUAUUCACUUCCUCAUGACAAAACUCAACUUAAGAUCUGGGGCCACAAUGCAGCUGCUAUUCCAAUUCUCAGCGAGAUGAUUCCAAAACUUGAGGAAGCAACAACACUCGAUGGACCAAAAGGCUAUGGAUAUUACGAACCAGUUCUGCAUUGGAUCGACGUGUAUCGUUCAUCAGAGGCUUUACAGGAUUGGAACCAACGGCUUCUUCUUCCAGUAAUGAACCUGAAACAAGGAAAUGCAUUUGCAAUAUUAGACAUAGGAUGUGGGUUUGGGAAGCAUUCCAGAGAAGUGGCAAAGCUAUAUCCAUGCUCUAAAAUAACCGCAAUAGACAUGGACCAGUUCUCCAUCGAUAACGCCAAAAAGGAACUCACCAAAAGUGGGCUAAAGAACAUCGAAUACAUAUGUUUGAAAGGAGGGCAACUUCCAGAAGAGUGGGCAAACAAAUUUGAUUUCGUGAUAAUCAACGAUGUUUUGCAUGAUUCCUACGAAGUUGAUGAGAUACUAGAAGGAAUUAAGAGGGUUCUUAAACCUGACGGAUUUGCGGCCGCUUACGACCCCGCGGUGUCGUCGUAUCACAAAAAGGUUAUCAACGACGCAACGGCGCAGUAUUUUUUACCGUUUAGCUUAUUUCAGUGUCUCCCAGUGAGUAGCAUGGGUCCUAAUGAAGGACUUGGGAUAGGUUGGGGUUACGAACGCCGAAAACAGAAGAUCAAAGAACAUGGUUUUCGAGUUGUGCAGGUCGGAGAUAAAGAUAUUGAUGCCAUACAAGAGGGCAUUGUAUUCCAAAAGAUGUAAAAUAUAAAAACUAACUUUGCUGAAAUAUGUAAACCGCAAUAAGAAUGCAAUAUUUGAAUUGAUAAGCAAUAGAAUCUUUAACUCUAGUUUUUCUAAAUCUUUUGUUAUUAUCAUAAUUGUUUUUAAAUUGUCAGAAUUUUUAUCAAAUUGAAUAUAUUUUGUUCAUUAAAGUUAAGUUUUU